CUCUUCGCGGAGACUCGAAUCGCAUCAGUGGGCGACUGCACACAAGCGCAGCCUCCUCUCAGCCGCUCCCGCCGUCGCCACCGGGGACGAAACCCGCCAGCGAACCCCCCCACACCUGGAUCUAUCCCCCGAAAGCCGUACAUUUCCACCGGAUGUGAAAGAGUGUCUCGCAGGGAGCAGCGAUGGGCGCGUUCGGAGUGAUUCUGAGGAGUUUACAUUGUGUGGGACUCUACCUCCAACUUAGUGUCAGUCUCAGGCAAGCUGGGAGCGACGACGUGGAGAACCACGUAUCCAACAACGCGGUGUUCACAGAGGUCCCUCAUGACAUCACGGCGCAGAGCGGGCAGGACGUAGAGAUGGCCUGCUCCUUCAGAGGCGCCGGAUCUCCCUCCUACUCGCUGGAGAUUCAGUGGUGGUACAUCAGGAACCACAGAGAAUGGACUGACAAGCAGACGUGGAGCACCAAUCAGGUGGUUCCUCAGAACGAGAUGUCGAAGGAUGCCACCAAAAUCAGUGUGGUGAAGGUUGCAGGUAGCAACAUCUCCCACAAGCUCCGCCUGUCCAGCGUGAAGCCGGCGGACGAGGGCACGUACGAGUGCCGCGUCAUCGACUUCAGCGACAGCAAGCUGCGGCACCAUCGCGUGCGGGCGUACCUGCAGGUGGAGCGGCCCGAGGGGAAGGGGGCGGAGUCACAGGAGGAGCAGCACAAGCACCAGCCGGCCCACCACGCUCACCACAAACCCGGCCGCGAGCUCAAGAAGAGGUCCGCCGACGACAGCACCACUGACUGCACUGAGAGCUGCGCGCUUUAGGCCCCGCCCACCCAAACACCCACGAUUCCUCGCGCCUGAAAAGCCGUUCCAAACCCAUAUGACCGACGUUCUUGCGUAAAAACGACGAAAAAAAACGUUUAAAGGGAACCCUGGGUAUUGAGACUCGUGUGGCUUAAUAUAACGUCGAUCGUGUCCAAUAUCGAAAUGUGUCGACGGAAACCCGCCAGCGGUUUAAAUUGCAUCGUUUUAUAUAUUUUGGACUGCGGGGGGCGCCGUUACUCUGACGACGUAGAAAACGGUGAGCUAGACGACUCGAGAAGUCUAAAUGCCCUGGAUAUCCGCUUUAAGAAAGUCCGCGACGUAAUAAUAAUAAACGUACGUUUGCUUCCUAACGGGACGGCACUGCAUGUCUUGUCCCGUCGUUUUUAAAGCUCUUUACGGUCGCUGCGGUCUUAAGUGGAGACGACAGAGACACUUUAGGAAGUUCUGUUCGUCUGCACGCAUUUUUGUCCGACUUUGUCAUACAUCGCUUCUCUUGUUGCCUUUCGACCGAUAACGACACAGUGUGGUACCUUAUCAGUUUCGUUGACGCUCACCGAGGGAACCGUUUGACAUCAUUGACGCAGAAGGUAAUGUGCAAAAAUAAUGGCGCCCCCCAUAGUCCAGAAACGGUUGUUGAUUUUUGAAAUAACACACACCUUUUAUGGGUCUCUGUUACAUAUUUCAGUAAGAGACAUAAUUUACGUCAUUACGCUAUAAAUGUCUUAACAUCCGGGGAUCCCUUUAAGAUAUUUUUUUUUUUUUUUGCACUUUGUUUUAAUUUAUUAUUAAACGAUUACUCUCCUUUUCCUGUCCUUUUUUGAAGCUCUGUCCUGUUUCAAAGUGUUCAAACAAUUCGUGUUGAAAUAAUUUUUUCUUUUAUGUAAUGCUUUUUCAUUUUAUUUUUGCAGUUGUUGUCCUUUUAGAAGCUUUACAUUUAUAUUUACUCAUUUGUUCUGAGGCUUCAUUUCACUUUAUUUAAUGGU